GCAUUCCGCUUCUGAUUGGCUCCUGUCUGUUUACGUAGCAACGGUCCGGAAGAUGUCGCUCAGGCCGUUCCUAAAAAACUUCCGCCUUAAGUUGUAAAGAAAACAUAGCAGCUAAUAGGCGAUCGACGGCGAAAGCAGUCCUGUAAAGAAGUCUGACCAAAGCGUCUUGUGUCCCUGGAGAGCAUUUUUUAGUGAGCGUGUGAGUGUGAGUGUGUGAGUGCAUGUGUGGGUGUGUGCGUGUGCAGUAGUUUUCUGCCAUUUCACCAAAAGCUACUCCUCCCUGGAGGAUGACAAUGGAGGAGAUGAAGAAUGAAGCGGAGACAAACUCCAUGGUAUCCAUGACAUUGUACACUGUGAUGUACCCAGUUUUCAACGAGUUGGAGAGGAUCAACUUGUCAGCAGCUCAGACACUCAGAGCAGCUUUCAUUAAGGCGGAGAGGGAGAACCCUGGUCUGACUCAGGACAUUAUCAUGAAGAUCCUGGAGAAGAAAAAUGUCCAGAUCAACUUCACCGAGUCUCUACUGCGCAUGGCUGCCGACGACGUGGAAGAGUUCAUGAUUGACCGGCCCGAGCAGGAGUUCCAGGACCUGAACGACAAGGCCCGGGCUCUGAAACAAAUUCUCAGCAAAAUUCCCGACGAGAUCAAUGACAGAGUACGCUUCCUACAGACUAUCAAAGACAUAGCCAGCGCAAUUAAAGAGCUGCUGGACACAGUCAACAACGUCAUUAAGAAAUAUCAGUACCAGAACCGCAGAGCCUUGGAGCACCAGAAAAAGGAGUUUGUGAAAUACUCGAAAAGUUUCAGCGACACCCUCAAAACGUACUUCAAAGAGGGAAAGGCGAUAAACGUCUUCAUCAGCGCGAACCGACUGAUCCACCAAACCAACCUCAUACUGCAGACCUUCAAAACCGUGGCCUAGCCUUCAGAGACCGCCGCCGCCGCCCCCUCCCCUCCCCACAGAGUGUGACCAAGGGAGGAGGGGGCCUGAGGAGCGCCUGACCUUUAUGUGUAAAUUAGAGUUGAUUUUUAGGGUCAGGGCGUCACUUAAUUGGAGUCUAGGUUCCAGUUCAGGAGACUGAAAAGUGCCAUUUGUAUUUUCAACCAGGAUUUUCAGUCUUGAAGUGGAAGCGCAGCGGCCCGAUGUCUGAUCGAUUUUAUUUGGACAGUUUUAAUUUAUAACCCCGGUCUUGUUUGGGAGAAGGUGCGGCGAGGUGUUUAUUAAGUGACUAAUUGCCAUUUUUCUAAUAUAUUCACGUCAAUCAUUUUACUUUUUAGCUUUUCCAUAGUGGCUGAACAUCUCCAGACUGCAUCAGUAGGGCUGAGUCAGCAAUGCUCAUCACCGGCUUCCCUUCUCUCCGGAUGGAGAGCCAGGUGGGACCAGCCGAGAGAGGAGGGCGGCGGUGAUGCCCAUUGCACAGACGGAGCCAGAUUUUGUUUCUCUUUAUUACCAGACAACAGAAAGCCAAAUGACUUCCAGCACCGAGCGUGCGCCUUACCAAGUCCUGCAACAUUCCCUCCUCCGAGUGUCAGUGAAGCGGAGCCAGUCCCUGCUGUUGGGGAAUGUCGAGAGAGAAAUGAAAGUUCGGUAUUUAACUGGUUGCAAAUGUUCAAUAAAUAGUUUCCAAAUGAUGGUGU